AUGGCACAGGGGCUGUCACAGCAGCGCGAAUCUUGCUCUUGGGGAAUGCCUGUUGGGGGCAUCUUCUCCCUGGGGGUCUUUGUUGGCGUGGUGGCCUCAAUCAUGGUCGCAAAUCUGAUGUGGCUGGUCAGCCACAGGACUGUGUGUGCGAAGUUAAGGAGCCAUGGAUCUGAGAAGAAAGAUCUGGCCUGCAAGGUGCCCGAUGGGCAGCUUGAGCCGCAGGUGAAGGCCACUGGGCCCAGCUUCACCAUCUUGAGGGGAUGUGAUGCAAGUCCUCCCCAUGUCCCCCUUGAAGAGUUCUCCUCGUGUUCUGGGAGUGAUGGAGGGAGAGAGAUGCCAGACAUCACAGAGCACUUGCAAACGGUGAUGGUGGAAGAGGUUGGUCUGCGAGCCAAAGAGAAGGCAGCGGAACCCAUAGUGAUGUCGAUGUUCUUUGAGGAGGUUCUGCCCAGUUCUAUGGACAAGGAAUCUCAAAGACCUGCAACGAUCAAGACACGCAUUCUUCACAAGAAACACAAGGUUCAGGAGGCAGACCUCGCCCAAGAUGGCAACAACAUGGAUCCCGUCACCCUCCUCAGCCUGGGCUCCAAAUUUCUGUUCAUGAUCGACAUCAGGAGGGACAAGAACGGCAUUGGGGGGUUUCCCUUUGCUGCGGUGGACCACGUGGUGCUGGUGCUGCAGGACGGCUUGCCCCAGAUGCUGCGCCUGGUCACGUUGUCUUCGUCUGGAAGUGGAAGCAGCAGGGGCUCCGCCGGAUCCUGCUGGCACCGUGUGGCGGCCCUUUGGGACCCCGCCCAACAUGGUUCACAGUCCCUUGCAAAGGUCACCCCAGAUGGUGCUGCGGUGGCCCUUGAUGUCACGGUCGUGUUCCGAGUAUUUGGGGCCAGCGGUGGCCUGUCCUAUGUUAAAAAGACAUUGAACGUGAGAAUGCGGGAUGGGGGGCAAGCGAAGCCGUCAGAUGCACAGUACUUCAGGCACUCCCUGGGUUCCAGGCUGCCAGACUGGGCGGAAAUGUACGUGAAAGGGACCACAGUAGUGAUGCAUGCAUCAGAGAAUUCAACUGGUCUGAUUGUGGACCAAACAAACUGA